UAUUUUUUGUUUUAAUUUAACUUUUUUUGCUGUUUUAGUCAUUAAUAUUAUUCUAUCUUAUGUAAAUAAAUAAUUUGGCUGAAGGCUACUAAAUAAUGCGAUUUUAAAAGAGAUUGCUUAAUUAUGCCGAAACCGCUAAGCUUAAAAAAGAACCAUCAAGUAACUGCCAAAAAUCAAAAAGUGAUAACUCAAUUUUUUAAAAAUCCUGUGAGCAAUGACACUCAAAAAAAUUCUACACCAAAAAAAGAUAAAGACUUCCCUGCCUUCAAACCGGACACGAAUUCUGCACUUAAACGCAAGAUAAUCUCACCAACACAUACAAAGUCUGAUAAUGAAAUUUUAGAAAUCUCCCAAACAAGUCCCACAAAAAGUACAACCAAGAAACUUAAAGCUAUUAAAAAUAAUAAUGAAAUAAUUAAGGUAUUUAAUAAAGAAAAUAAAAACGAAGGAUUUACAAAGAGCACCGAGGAAACUCGCAAAGUAGAUCAGUUAAAAGAAACCUUAAUAAUCACAGAAGAGGAUCUUAAUGAUAAAAAUAUAAAUAUACACAAUAGUCCUAUCAAAAGAGUAUUAAAUGAAAACUAUGAAAGAGUAACAAAAAUCCAAUCUCCUAAGAAAACUUUACAUUUUGAUAAUACUCUUUCGCCAAGUAAAGGUGGAAAUGUUACACCUAAGAAAUACUGUAAAGUUUCAGUUUUUGGAAGUCCUAAUAAAAAGGAGAAUUCAAAUAAAUCAUGUGAGAAUUCACCAUCAAAAUCUGGUUCAACAAUUAAAACAUCACAAUCAUGUGAAAGGGAAAUAGAUAAUAUAUUUGAAGAUGAGUGGGAAAUAGAUCAUUUUCAGGAGGUAGAUGAAGAAAAUUUAAAUUUAUCCUCAAUACACCGAUGUGAGGUUCUGUCUGUGAAAUUGAAUGGGCAUAUUCAAGAAGUAAAGGUGCAAAGUGAUAAUUUAAGAGCCACUUGUUAUGUUGAAGGUAUUUGGUUAUGUUUGAGUUUACAAGAAGGUGAUAUUGUAAGUAUUUUAGCUGUUCGCAAUUCAUUAGGACAAUUCCAUGUGAACAAUACUGCAGGGCUCAUUGUGUUCAGACCUGACUACUUAUUGUCGUCAACAAGUGUUGUGGCCGGUGUGUUCUGUCAAAGAAAAGCUGUACUACAAGAGAGAUGGAGAGGUAUCGAUUCUGCUAAUAUUGCUAUGACUAUUGGUAUUUUAAUUCAUGAACUAGUUCAAAAAGCACUCACAGAUCGUAUUAUGAGCCCAGAUAAAUUACGUUUUGAGACUGAUAAAAUUAUUAAAGAAUCAACCCAGAUGUUAUUUGACGCCGGACUCUCUGAAGAGGAAGCGAGAUCGAAUAUGGAAACGUAUAUAAUGCCGCUAAGUGAAUUUAUGAAUACAUAUAUGGCUGAAAAACCUAAACAACAUAUGCAAAAACGAAAUAACAAUUGGUCUGGUCAUAUAAAUAAAGUAUUGGAUAUAGAAGAAAACCUUUGCUGUCCUAAAUUAGGGUUAAAAGGGAAAAUCGAUGCGACAUUAGAAGUUACUAUUCAUGAACGGGAAGGUAAGCAUCGGGAAGUAAUUCCUUUGGAACUGAAGAGUGGUCGAGCAACAGUGUCCGUGGAGCACCGCGGGCAGCUGGUGCUGUAUGGCAUGAUGCUCAGCGUGCUGCGCCAGGAGGACCCCACAAUGGCUAUGCAGAGAGGAUUAUUAUUAUAUUUAAAAGAAGGCAUUAUGCUUCGUGAAGUGAGUUGUGGCUACCCGGAGCGGAGAGACCUUAUUAUGUUGAGAAAUCAACUUGUGCAGUAUUUAACUACACAGCAUAAUAAAAUAGCGGAUGAUUCCGACAUAGACGCUAAGUACCAGCGGCUGCCGGAGCCGGUGCAGCGCGACUCCUGCGCCAGCUGCCCCUACCUCACUGUGUGCUCGCUACAUCUCUGGCACACAGAUGGUCCGAAAGUAUCAAAAUCUCACCCACUGGCGAAACUCCGAGAAAAUGCUCUCGGUCACUUAUCUCUUACGCAUAUAGAAUAUUUCUUACAUUGGGCAUAUUUAUUGAAAUUAGAAGAAAAAGUACAAUUAACAUCAUCACCACUGCACACUUUGUGGACCGAUAGUGUGGAGAAAAGAAUGAAACGCGGCACAUGCGCUGGCAGACUUACAUUGCAAUCAGUGGAGACAUCCGGCAAUAGAUAUUUACAUACAUUUAAACGUGAAAACGCUUACGACAAAUCAAUGGAUUGUAGAAAAACGACUGGACCCCAAGAAGGAGAUUUUUCAAUAGUCAGUAUAGAGAAGAGGCCGUGGCUGGCCGCAGGAGUUGUUACUUAUAGAAGUGAAAAGGAAAUUAAAAUAUUACUAGAAAGAGAUUUAAGUCAACGACAGAACGACGAAACAAUUUUCCAUAUAGACGCGUACGAAUCGUACGCUAGUACAGUACAGAAUCUUACUAAUCUAGGUGUACUUAUAGAAGAUAGUGAACGUGCGCACAGACUGAGAAGGAUAAUAAUAGACAAAGAAACACCUAUAUUUGUGGAUAAAUUACCUCGUGAUAUGCACCGCCUGGGCACUAAGUUGAUGCGUAGUUUGAACAUUGAACAGCAGAGGGCGGUGUUCAAUGCACUUGCAGCUAAAGAUUAUGCAUUACUGCAAGGAUUGCCCGGCACUGGUAAAACAAAGACUAUAAGCGUGCUAAUACAAAUGCUUGUCGCGUUAAAACAACGAGUACUAGUGACGGCGCACACGCACUCCGCGGUUGAUACUGUCUUAGCCAGACUUCCAGAAUCCAUACAAAUGUUACGGCUGGGAUCGUGCGCGCGCGUGGCGCCGCACUUGAUACAUCGGUGUGAGGAAAAACUGACAGCUUCCUGCGAUAAUUCUGAACAACUAUCUAAACUUUACGAUUCUAUGGAGGUAGUUGGUGUGACGUGCCUGGGCGCGGCGCACGCCAUGUUGGCGCGCACCACAUUCGACGUAUGCAUUGUGGAUGAAGCUACGCAGGUGUUACAAUGUACAGUGUUGAGGCCGCUGUUUGCAUCCAAGCGAUUUGUUCUAGUCGGCGAUCCCGAACAGUUGCCGCCCGUCGUCAGAAGAAAUGCUGCGAGACAAUUAGGCAUGGAAGAGAGUUUGUUUCACAGACUAAUGGGUAGUGAAGCUACUUCCACACUCAGACUGCAGUAUCGUAUGAAUCAGCCUCUAACUGAUUUAGCAAACAGUAUCGCUUAUAAUGAUAGAUUAAAGUGCGCUACUAAAACAGUAGCUGAUGCUUCCAUUAACAUUGAUAUUCAGAAAAUAUCACAAGUAGACUCAGACUCUUGGUUACUUACCGCUUGUAGCCCAGAACCAAUGUACGCAGCAGUAUUUGUAAAUCUAGAGAAUAUUGUUUCAAAAGAAAAAGAACAGAAGACAAUUUCUAAUUGGGAGGAGACAUGUUUGGUGUUAAGUAUCAUAGAGGCAAUGAAGCAGGGCGGAGUGACAUCCUCAGAUAUCGGAGUGAUAGCGCCAUACCGCGACCAGGUGUCGCUACUGCGCCGCACACUACCGCCUCUGGCGGUGGAGGCCAGUACCGUAGACCAAUUUCAGGGGAGAGACAAGUCUGUUAUCAUUUAUUCGUGCACUAAGAAGGAUGAUGGUCAAAAAGACAAAACAGUUAAGGAAGAAGAGAUUCUGAAUGAUCAACGACGAUUAGCCGUUAGUGUGACGCGUGCGAAACACAAGUUGAUCGUUAUUGGCAACUACAACGCACUCCGUCGAUAUGAACCUCUCGAAAAACUGAUACAAGCAUGCUACCGUAUAUCUAUAGGCGAAGAUAUAUUAAAUAAACUUUUAAAUAAAUAUAAAACGAUUCAGAUAAACUAAUAUGACCUAAGUACAAAUGUGUAAAAGUGUAUGAAUGAUUAGAUUUUUUGUACAUGUUUUAAUCAUGUGUUAGUAUUUUUUCAACGGAGUUAUUUUUAAAAUUGUGUUUCUUUGAU